AUGGCGCGAACCAGAGGAGCUAAAUCUUCCUCUCCUUCAAGCCGCAAGAAAGUCCCGCGAGGGGAGACCGUUCAAGAUCCCACUUCUGAGCCUUCGCGGCAGAAAGCAAUUUCUCCUCCGGUGAAGCCCGCGCCGCAGAAGCCUCCGGCGAGGCGUUAUCUCACCAGGUCAGGGGUUCCAUCUCCGGUGCCAUCUCCGGCGCCGCCAGUAGAGCCUGAGGAGCCUCAGCCACCACUUCCCGAGCCCCAAAAUCCAUCUGAGAUAGCUCCUGAAGCAGUAACCAGGCGGCCGAUGCUGACUCAGCCUCCAAUUGAGGGGAAUUUGGACUGUAGAGCUCGGCCAUUCCACUCCGAGCUGUGCUUUGACACAGCCACGUUCCAAUUGCGGCCGGAGCUUGCACAGUCAUUCCACCUGCUGUGA